AUGGAGCAGGAGGCCAAGAAACUGAGUCAGUGGCAGAAAGCGAUGCAGGACCAGCCCGAGGUGGUUACCAAUCAGUCAAUGUCCCUAUCUCCUGGAAGCAGUGGAAUGUACAAUUCUUGGAACCAUGGCCCACCAGGCAUUCAACACUUUCCACAGAGCACAGAACGGACGAGAACCCCUUUGGUGUCUACUGAGGGACCCAGGCAGAAUGCGGGUGAAGCGAGGUCACAGUUCAAUAUGUCAAUGCCUGAGCAUAGUGUGAACUACCGUCCCCAAGAAGCUCUUAUGCUUUCCCAGAUGAUUUACUAUCAGGGAGUAUCUUUCUCCCAGUCAGAAUCGAUGGCUUCGAGUGGUUCCCAGAUGAUGCCCUCAGGAGAGCCUAAUGUUCCAAGGGUUCCCUUGACCUUCAGUGGCAAUCCAAGGAUGCCCUUCAAUAGGCCACCAGUCUCUACUCCCAAUGCAAACCCAAUGUCCAACAUUAGGGCUCCAUCAAUACCUUAUUCUGGACCCCCAACUAUACCUUCUAACACAGCUUCUUUAACCAAUACAAUGUUACUGGCCCCAAGUAUAUCUUCUACUGGGACCCAGACAAAGUACCCCUCUUUGACUGAGAUGUUGCCCCCCGGCAAUCCCCUAAGUCUUGGGAUGUGCCCAUCUGUAUCUUCACCAUUGCUGGAUUUAGGAUCCCAGGGCUCUCUUAUGAACCAUCCAGAUACUCAGGAAGACCCCUUCCUGCCUGAACAGCCUCUACCUGCUCCACAGAGGCCAGAACAGGAUUCCAGGUCCCAGGAAGAAGUACCCAGGGGGAGACCCCCAGUUUUAAGGCCCUACAUCUGCCAUUUUGAAAACUGUGGAAAAACUUAUACCAAGCGUUCCCAUCUUGUGAGUCACCAGCGGAAACACACAGGUGAAAGACCCUAUAGUUGCAAUUGGGAAGGAUGUCACUGGACCUUUGCCCGUUCUGAUGAGCUUGGACGACAUAUGCGGAUCCAUACCAGAUAUCGACCACAUAAAUGUGUCCAGUGUGGCCGACAGUUCAUGAGAUCAGACCAUCUCAAACAACACCAAAGGACUCAUAUACGGUUACCUGAAUCCCCAGAGCCACAGACCAACAAUGAGCAGAUGGAGAUGGAUGGUUCUCCUGUGCCUAAUCUUUAG